AUGCACUCGGGUAACAACACGGACACGACGAACCGACUUGAGCCCGAGGCAGGGGAGCAGGAGGUGCCGGGUGAGCGGCCCCUUUUCAGCGCUGGCACCUACGAGAUGCUGGCACUGCUCGUUGCCACUAUCGGCAUGCUGGGCUUGUGCAACAACUUGCUAGUGCUGGUGCUCUACUUCAAGUUCAAGCGACUCCGCACGCCCACCAACCUCUUCCUCGUCAACAUCAGCCUCAGCGACCUGCUGGUGUCCGUCUGCGGCGUAAGCCUUACCUUCAUGUCCUGCCUGAAGAGCCGCUGGGUGUGGGACACCACUGGCUGCGUCUGGGACGGCUUCAGCAACAGUCUCUUCGGAAUUGUUUCAAUUACGACUCUUAGUGUCCUUGCCUAUGAACGCUACAUUCGAGUAGUCCGUGCAAAAGUGAUUGACUUCUCUUGGUCUUGGCGUGCUAUCACAUACAUCUGGCUCUACUCAUUAGCCUGGACUGGAGCACCUCUUUUGGGCUGGAACAGAUACACACUGGAAAUUCAUGGAUUAGGUUGCUCAGUGGACUGGAAGUCAAAAGACCCCAAUGAUAUCUCCUUUGUGCUCCUGUUUUUCCUUGGCUGUCUAGUAGCACCUGUUGGGAUCAUUGCCUAUUGUUAUGGCCACAUUCUAUAUGCAAUAAGAAUGCUACACUGUGUGCAAAAUUUCCAGACUGUUCAAGUGAUCAAACUUUUAAAAUAUGAAAAAAAGGUGGCUAAAAUGUGUUUCUUAAUGAUCUCCAUGUUCCUUAUUUGUUGGAUGCCCUAUGCAGUGGUCUCCUUCCUGGUAACAUACGGCUAUAGCAACCUUGUAACUCCAACAGUAGCUGUUAUCCCAUCUUUCUUUGCCAAGUCAAGCACUGCUUAUAAUCCAGUCAUCUACAUCUUCAUGAGUAGAAAGUUUCGACAAUGCCUUUUGCAACUUCUGUGCUUUCGCCUGAUGAGAUUCCAGAGGACCAUGAAAGAGACACCAACAACAGGGAGUGACAAGCCAAUACAACCUAUAGUUACAUCUCAGAAAGCAGGGGAUAGGCCAAAGAAGAAAGUGACUUUCAGCUCUUCUGUCAUUUUUAUUAUCACUAGUGAUGACACUCAGCAAAUAGAUGACAACAAUAAACACAGUGGGGCACAAGUAAAUGUUAUCCAAGUAAAGCCACUAUAG